ACGAAAGUGAUGUGCUUCGUUAGCGCCAUCACAGCUCGCUCUCCUCGAUGUGAAGACGAAUGGACGCUGCUGAGCCCGGUGCUCAGCAUGGACACCAUCCCGGUCAUCGACUUCGACGCCUACAGACUCGGGGUCACCGACGACGACGUUCCCAGAGAGCAGCUGCAGGAGCUCCGUGAUGAAGUGCGGAGGGCCUUCACUGAAGUGGGCUUUGUUUACCUGAAGAACACCGGAAUAGAGCAGGAGGAGGUGGAUAAUGUCAUGGCCAUUUCUAAGAAGUUCUUCCUGCUUCCUGUGGAGGAGAAAAGACCCUUCAGUCGUGGCAGCUAUUCAAACAGUGUGAAUCAUGGCUGGGUCUCCUUAGAGAGAGAAAGUUUGAAUCCUCGCCGUCCAGGAGACUUGAAGGAAGCCUUUAACACGACUUCUCUGCGCACAGACAUUGAGUGGCCUUCAGAUGGUGUUGAUGACUUUUGCGCCACCCAAGUGUCCUUCUAUGAACGCUGUAUGAAGCUCUCGCUCCGAGUGCUCAGAGUGAUGGCACUCUGUCUUGGCAUAGACCCUGAUGUGUUUCUCAAAGCACACAGGCAGAUUGGAAGUGAAGAGAAUGGCAGUACCCUGCGUUCUCUGUAUUACCCUCCAGUAAAGACUGUGAAGGAAGAUCAGAUCCGCUGUGGGGAGCAUUCUGAUUAUGGCAGCAUCACUCUUCUCUUCCAAAGCCGCGAGGGCGGCCUGCAGGUCAUGAACCGUAAAGGGGAGUAUAUCUCCGCUCAAAGCAUUUCUGGAACUGUUCUGGUCAACAUUGCAGACUUGAUGCAGAGAUGGACCAGCGAUGUGUUUGUGUCUGCUGUCCAUAGAGUCUUGCUGCCCCCUGGUGGUGAUUCAAGAACGCGGCAGAGUUUGGCCUUCUUUGUGCAGCCGGAUGACAACGUCAUGAUAAGUUGUGUUGAUGGAUCAAACAAAUAUCCUCCAGUGAAGUGUGUGGAUUAUCUUCAGUCAAGAUUCAACGACACUUAUGGCAGAAACUAGUGUCUCCUGAGCCACAGCUGGAACAGCUGGACUUAACAUUAACAUUUGUGUCACUACAAACAUUUAAAUAUUUUGAUCAGUGUCAUCAAACACUCUUUUAAUUAGUCAUUAGCAUUAGGUUUUAGUACAGCCUAGGGACAAAUUUUAGAGAUAAUAUUAACAUAGCAAAUGAGAGGUUACGUAUUUGAUUAAGUUUGAUUUACAUUGCAUAAUGUGUACUGAAGUGAAAGGAUGAUGUAGGUUAUCUUCCACAAUCAAGCUCAAAUCUUUUUAAUAUAGAAUAUUUUCUAUAUGAUUAUAUUUGUAACACAUAGGAGUAAUACCAGCCACCUUAAAUAAGCUGCCUAUGCUGUGACACAAAGAAAUAACAUUUUGCAAAGAGAAUUAUAUUUAUAAAUUAGAAAAAUCAGAGUUAAGAACGCUGGGAAGCUUCUUGAAGACUCUUCAGUCUUUAGGAUUUAUGCAAAUUAACUGAUCUUAACUAGAUUUACCUCAGUAGCUCAGAAUUCUACAAAAAUAAUAUGUGGUGCUAGAUGUGUUUAGUAAUUAUGUUUACAACGUAUGGUACAGGACUUGGUACUGGGUUUUGCCAUCUUAAUAUAAGUGGGUGAAAGAUGAACUUUGAAGGCCUUUAGCCUGACUGAGGGCGACUCUUCUUGCUGAUGUCCUUAAGAAGGACACUGUCCAGUUAGUUUCUGUGCCUAUCUACCAGCUAUUUUAACAAACUUCCUGGAACCACUCAGGGUCAUUGAAGCUGGCGCUGCCCAAAUGGCCUAUGCUGAUUAAUAUUAUCCAGUGCUCUUUGUUUAGUCAUUAGUACUACGUUUUGAUGCACUUUAAGGAUCAGUCAUAGAGAUGAAAAUAUCACUGGUUUUAAUAUUGCAAAUAAGAAGUUAUGUAUUCGAUUAACAUUGAUCUUCAUACAAUUUACAUAACAGCUUUGACCAAGUCUUUGGGGAUCUCUCUCGCUUUCUUUCUCUCUACCUCUACUUUUAGAGUUUUAGGCCGCUGAUUUUCCUCAAGCUUUUGUCUUAGUGAAGCCUGUUUAAGAUUUGUGUGCGAUGACGUGUUUUUGUUAAUGUGAUAACCCGUUACGAUUUUUGUAUCCAUUUUUAUAAUCAUGUUUUCUCGUUCAUGUUCCUCUAAUCCUGAAAAUAGUUUUCUAAUUAAAUUUUAUAAUCUGUUUUACUUUUGAA